AUGGCGACAUUUGAUGGCCUACUUCGCCUCAAUAAAUGGUCUCUUGUGACCUCAGUCUAUGAGGCUAACAGGUAUACAGAUGCUUACCUGGAUUUCCGAAUGGAACCUAUUGAUUUCCUGAAAGUUAAAGUAGGAGAAGCUUUCAUCAUUCGCAAUGCUGGCGGCAGCGUCUCAAACAACCUUGCCGAUUUCUUCUUCAAAGACAAAUUUCUUCAGAAUCAGCUCAAGGGAGUGAUUCUUAUACAUCACGAUGAUUGCGGAGUCCAGCACGUAACAGCAGAUGAUAUUUCGGCAGACCUGAAGGAGAGAUUUCCCGAGCAUUGUGCAAUCAUCGACAAACUCCAUUUUGGCAUGCAUAAUCCAGAUAGGUCAGUGGAAUACAGAACUUGCAAUCAAGAACAGCGUGAAAAAGACGUCGAAUUCUUGAAAGACUGCCCAUUCUUCCGCAAAGAUAUUGCCAUACGGGGCUUCAUCUAUGAUCUGAAGACAAACAGAAGUGAAAUGAUCGACAUGAGAUUUGAGGCAUUUGUGGAAUGA